AUGAUACCAAAACCCUUACCUAAACCAAACUUGUUUCUUCUAUGGUUAGUUAAGUCCCCCCAAAAAAAAGAGUGAAGAAAACGUAAAUGGCAGGAGAAGAAGAUUGGAGAAAAACUGCGGAUACGACGAAAAUGAGCUCGGAGAGUGUAAAAGCUGCCGGCGUUGAGUCAUCGAAGAGGCCACCAGGAAGUAAUCCCGGCGGUGUUCUUCACCAACGCCGUAACUUGCCUUAUAGUUACACUACGAUGGCUCUUGUCGGAUUAGCUAUCUCUGGUGCCGUCAUGUACUCUGUUAUGUAUGCUAAGAAGAAGCCCGAAGCUAGUGCCACUGAUGUAGCUAAGGCGGCCACAGGGACGGCGAAACCCGAAGAUACUCAUCCGAGAAAAUGAAGAAAAUAGUGCUAUCUUUCUUCCUUCUUUUGCUUUUGUAUUUUUGUUCUUGCUUCAUGCUCAGUGUUCUUAUGGGAACUCUUUAUUUUCUUGUAAUAAAAUAACAUAACGAGUUUAAAAAAAAUAAAAUUAUACUAUCAACUA